AUUGACUCCAUUCGUAUGUGUAUUGCAUUUAAACGUAAUAUUGAUUACAAUUUGUUGAAUGCAUUCAAAGCAUUGAUUGUGUGAUUAGUGUUGUGUUCAUUGGUUUGGCUUUUGAUGUGAUGUUGAAAAUGAAUCGCAAAACCAAAAGCAGUCAUUGUUUUGAUUUUGCCUUAAAUAUGGUAACUAUGGAUGAGAUCAAUGAAUUGCAUUUGCAUAGAGUUUACAAAUUAGAUUCAAGUGUUUGCAAAUCAAAGGCCAAUAAAAACUGCGGCCAAAACAUGCGAUGUCUCAAUGGUUUAGGUGAGAGGCCGUGGCUGUCAUCGGCCGACAACUCGUCCAAUACGGCCAACGACUCGCACUUAGGCCGAAGAGUCGACGGAUCCUUUGUGGGCCUCAAGAACUUAGGCGCCACUUGUUAUGUCAAUUGUCUCCUUCAGGUUUGGUUUCAUAACCCAAUCUUCCGAUCGAUGAUAUAUCGAUGGAAACCAGAAGAAGAUCCCGAAGAGAAUGAAUUGGACACGAAUUCUGUUGGCUUUCCAGAGGAAGUGUUUGUUCCGAAGACAUGUAUCGGUAAAUUGCAGCUUAUAUUUGCUUUAAUGCAAUUCGGAGUCCGGAGUUCUGUGGAUCCGAAGCCUAUCAUCAAAUGUCUUGAAUUGGAUGAGAAAACACACAUUCAAACAAAAGUCUACAAAUUGGAUGCAAGUGUUUGCAAAUCAAAGGCCAAUAAAAACUGCGGUCAAAACAUGCGAUGUCUCAAUGGUUUAGGUGAGAGGCCGUGGCUGUCAUCGGCCGACAACUCGUCCAAUACGGCCAACGACUCGCACUUAGGCCGAAGAGUCGACGGAUCCUUUGUUGGCCUCAAGAAUUUAGGCGCCACUUGUUAUGUCAAUUGUCUCCUUCAGGUUUGGUUUCAUAACCCAAUCUUCCGAUCCAUGAUAUAUCGAUGGAAACCAGAAGAAGAUCCCGAAGAGAAUGAAUUGGACCCGAAUUCUAUUGACUUUUCAGAGGAAGUGUUUGUUCCGAAGACAUGUAUCGGUAAAUUGCAGCUUAUAUUUGCUUUAAUGCAAUUCGGAGUCCGGAGUUCUGUGGAUCCGAAGCCUAUCAUCAAAUGUCUUGAAUUGGAUGAGAAUCGACAACAAGACGCUCACGAGUUCUCCAAUCUAUUCUUCUCUCUGAUUGAGAGGAAAUUGAAAUUCCAGACCAAUCCAAACGUGGCUAAAGUUAUUCAAAGCCAAUACUGCGGCAAAUUUGCUUAUAUCACAAGAUGUCUCACCUGUGAGGACAUGUCUUCACGCGAAUCUCAAUUCUAUGAAUUAGAUCUAAAUAUUAAGGGCUGUAAAGAUCUUUACGACAGUUUAGGCGAUUAUUUAAAGGUGGAAAGUCUUGAGGGAAUGAAUCAAUACUAUUGUGGAAGUUGUGGACAGAAGCGAAAUGCGUCCCGAUAUAUAAAACUGAGAAAACUUCCGCCAGUUUUGAACAUUCAAUUGUUGCGAUUUGUUUUCGAUCCGCACAUAAAAAAGCUAAACUCUAUCAUCAGAUUUCCAGACAUUUUGGACGCCAAACCAUUCAUUGAUUCGGCCGAUGGUUUGGAUCCAAGAGAGACGACAUAUCAUUUAAGCGCUGUUCUCAUACAUCGGGGUCCGAGCGCUCAUUCCGGCCAUUAUAUCGCUCACAUCAAAGACCAAAACACCGGCUUUUGGUAUAAGUUUAAUGACGAAAAAGUGGAACAAAUUGAGGGCAAAAAGUUGAAACUCGAUUCUGAUGAAGUGAACGACGAGAACAGCGAUACAAACGGCAAUGUUUUGAUUAAAAACGAUCGCAAGGGUUGUCAUCAGUCGAAUAACGCAUAUAUGUUGGUCUACAAGAAUGAGAUCCAAACCAACACUGAUUUGGCCAACAAUUACAGCGACUGGGGUUUACCUCAAUAUCUAAUGGAUUUCAUCGAAAAAGAUAAUAAAUCGUUUGAGGAAUCGAUUGCAGAACAAAUGAAAUUGAAAGAAGAAGAGAUGUGUUCUUAUAUUGAGCGUAAAACAGAGAUAAACCACAUCUAUGAACAGUUGACCGCUGAUGGCGACAAACCAUAUGAGUUUAUAUCGAAAAAGUGGUUAAUCCAUUGGUUAAGCGCUAAACCUUUGGAACAAAUAAAGCCGAUCGACAACACAGACUUGUUGUGCAUUCACCGUAAACUCAAUUUCAAGUCAUUGUCUUCUAUCAAAUGUAUCUCAAAAAGUGGCGCAGACUUGCUGUACGAGAAAUACGGUGGCGGACCCAUACUUAGGUCCAAUUCUCUGUGUAUUGCAUGUGUGGCCAAACAGGUGGAAGUGAUUAAAACAAAGACAAAGAUUGAAGAGGAUAUCAAAACGAUUACAUCUCAACUCAAGUAUACUCCCAAUCUAGAGGAAGAGUGCUAUUGGGUCGGAAAGGAAUCGUUGAAAUCGUGGAAACAAAUUAAAUUAAAAUCAAUUGAAUAUAAGAAUCCAGAAGUGAAUGAUAAUUCCGACACAUCUGUUGAGGUGAUUGAGAGCAAUGACAUUGAUUUUGAGAUCUCAUGUCUGAACGACGACAUCAUUUGCAAACACGGAAAACUAACACCCGAUGAAAAUAAACGAAGACUUGUAUCAGUUCUGGUUUGGGAAACACUUAAAUGUCAUUUUCCAAACGCACAGCAAUACACGCAAAAGAGCACAUUCUGUGAAGAAUGUUUGUCUUAUAAUAAAGCGUUUGAAUCGUUUAAAACACAACACAAAGAGAUGGCAAUGAAUCAGAAGCUAAUUUUGCCCAAUCUUUUGGCUGAAAGACAUCGAUUGGUUUGGGACGAUCUCAACCCUACCGCUCGAUACUAUGCUUUGAGCAGAAAAUUUCUCACCUCUUGGAAGAGAUUCAUAAAGGAUGACUUAGGGAUCACUAAUAAUAUGGGAGAAGACUAUGAUAUUAUCGAUCCAUCAAAGUAUGAUCCGCCGGAAGUGAUUGAAAAUAGUGGCCUUUUAUGCGCUCAUCAAAUGUUUUUAUAUCCCACUAAUAAGACAGAGAUUGUGGGAAAUGAUUGCAAAUUUGUGAUAUUACCGAAGGAUGAAUGGGAAUCACUCAUUGCUUUCUAUUCUAACGAUUUUGAAAUACAAUUUUUGGUUCUUUUGAAUGAAAAUAACGACAAAUUCAUCGAAUCUAUUCCUUCAUUUUGUGAUUCAUGUUUCCAAAGUCUGAUACUGGAAGAGGAGAGGGAAAGACUUACUUAUAAUAAUCAGUUUAUUUAUGUGAGAAAAGUGGAGAAAAACGAAAGUAAUUCGGAUGACUCUCACGACAAACAAGAGAUUAAUUCUGAUGGUUAUCAUGAAAAAAUGAAUGGAAAGAAAUUCAAAAAAGAAGAUACAAAACACGCUUUUAUAGGAAACGGAGAAAAUAAUACGUUUCAAGGCCUGAGACGGAGUUCGCGGCGAAGGAAAAAUAAAAAUGAGAAGGAAAUCAAAGUCUCGUCAACUAAUACACUAUUAGACCUCAAAAUACAGAUAAUGAAUAUAUUCCGAGUGGCGCCCUAUGACCAGAACCUGUCCCUCAAUGACAAACCACUCGAUGCCAACAAUAAGACUUUAGCCGAACUUCACGUCGAACCCUAUUCUAUAAUCACUCUCACUGUA